GCGGCGCGUCGCGCCACUCUCCGCGCUGCUGGAAGGUCGUCUUCCAGCUGGCCCACCGCCCGCCGCCGCAGCAGCCGCCGCAGCCGCAGCCACCGGCGGCGGCGACAGCAGCCACGGCGUCUCAGCCCCAGCAACAGCCGCCGCCGCCGCAGCCGUCCCAGCCGCCGCAGCAGCCGCCUUCAGACCCGCCGCCGCCGCCGCCGCCUCAACCGCCGUUGCUGCCGGGCUUGCCGCCGCCGCCGGAGGCAGGGGGCGGCAUCCCUGUCUUGGGGGGGGACGCGGCGGGCGGGCUGCCAGCGGUGGGCGCAGCGCGAGACGCGUCCGAGACACUUCGAGACGCGGCGCGGUCGCCGCUGAAGCGGGGCGCCGACGAGGAGUGCGGGCGGCCCGCGCAGGGCCGGAGGCUCGGCGAUGAGAGCGCGCCGGCGGCCGCCGCAGCGGCGGCCGACUCUCCGUCCGCAGAGAGUACGCCUGCGGCGAUAGCUUCGGCGGAGCCUCAGCUUGUCGGCAGCAGCGAGGAGGUGGAGGCGAUCCCGCGGCGCGGCGUGCUCGCGGACUACGUGGGGCGGUGGGGCUGGGGGUCGCUCCCCGACGGCACGCAGGAGCUGCUGAGAGACAUCUUCGAGACGCUCCGCGGCCUCGGCCUGCAGUACUCUCUGCUCGAGCAGUGCGCGGAGGGGCGCACGGCCGACACGCUGCAGCUCUCCAUCAACUUCUCCGCCGAGCCCGCCACCGUGCCGCUGCCGCCGCGCCCGCCGCAGGCGCCGCCCGCUUUUGCUCCGCCGCCGCCGCACGCGCCGCCGGCACAGCAGCACCGCAUGCCUCCUCACAAGCUAUGA